GGCGGCAGCUCUGCGGCUUGCGGGGGCGGCGGCGGCGGCGGCGACGAGCCCUUGCACCGAGCGAUCGCGGCCCCGGAGCGCGCCGGCCCGCAGCGCCCGCAGCGCCCGCCCCGCCCGCCCGCAGCCCUGCGCGUGCCGGCCCCGGAGCCACCCCCGCCGCGCCCGCGCGCCCGGCCGCCAGGUUCCGCCGUCCCGGCCCCGGCACCAUGUCGGAGAAGAGCGUGGAGGCAGCGGCCGAGCUGAGCGCCAAGGACCUGAAGGAGAAGAAGGAGAAGGUGGAGGAGAAGGCCGGCCGGAAAGAGCGGAAGAAAGAAGUGGUGGAGGAGGAGGAGAACGGCGCUGAGGAGGAGGAGGAAGAAACCGCGGAGGACGGAGAGGAGGAGGAUGAAGGGGAAGAAGAAGAUGAGGAAGAAGAAGAAGAUGAUGACGAAGGGCCCGCGCUGAAGAGAGCUGCCGAGGAUGAGGAUGAAGCGGAUCCCAAGCGGCAGAAGACGGAGAACGGGGCGUCGGCAUGAGCCCCCCUGCCAACGGGCUGGGGGUGGGAGGGCCCCUCGGGUCCUCGCGGACGGCUGGGACCGGACCAGUGCGGCUGCCCUGACCUGGCUGCCUGCUCGGCCACCCCAGAGCUGCCACCUCCCCGUGUCCCCCAGCCUCCCUCCUCAUUGCCGCCCCUCCAGACACCGUCCCUCCAUCCUCACUGCCAUGGUUCACCUUCCAACCUGCCCCCCGCCGCCCCCGUCCCAGUCCUCCCCCCUCCCCAUCCCCCCCACGCCCUGUCCCUCCUCUGAUGCCUCUGGGUCCUCCCCUUUGCAUCCCAGCCUCAUAUCCCGCCAUCCCUCCCCUGCCUGAUCCCCUGGGCCUCCCCCAGACCCUCUCAGACAGCGCCAGGCCGGGGUGGGGCCGAGCCCCACAGCUGCCCCCUCCUCUCCCCCUUUUUUGUAUAAUUUAAUAAAGAAACGGUCGCGCUUC